AUGGUCGACGAGAAGCCAGACUUUUCAGACCCGGACGGCAUGAAGGUCCGACGAGCCCAAAGACUCAUGAAGCUUCGGAAGCUCGCUUUCCAAUGCUGCAUCUUUGGUUUGAACGGUUUCCUGCUCUUUGGCUCCUGGUGGUUCAAAGGCUAUCAUUACGUCUUCCUUCCCUUCAUCACGUACGGUGUGUUCAUCAACUUCACGGUUGUCAUCACCCUCCUCCUAUGGCUAGCCUUCCGAUUCUUCCGCCCCGAGAAGAAAAACCCCGCGCCGGAGACACCCGAGUCACUCAUGCUCAUCAUACCAUGCUACAACGAGAACGAAGAGGAGCUUCGCAAAUCUCUUGAUUCACUCGUUGAGCAGAAAGGCAUCGAGGACCACAAGCAGUGUGUCUUCAUCAUCUGUGAUGGUCGCGCUCGCGGUCCAGGCAUGACGCAGACCACUGGCGAAUGUCUUCUCGACACGAUCUUGACGGAAAAGACAUCGCGCAUACACAUGAAGGAUGCAUACAUGGCCUGGGACAAGGAGCCUAUGGACAUCAUCAUGCAGAAGGGACAAUACAGAGGUCUCAACUACCUAUGCAUCGUCAAGAUGACGAACAAGGGAAAGCGCGAUGGCCUUAUCCUUCUCCGCUCGUUCGCAUACAAGUUCAACCAGCGACACGAGAGACCAACAACGAUCAUGUCGAAUAGGCUGUUUGGGGAGAUGACCUCGUUCGUCCUCGACGACUGUGGCAUCAACAACUUUGACCAGAUUGUCGGCAUGGAUGCAGACACCGUCUUUGAUCCAUGGUGCAUCUACUACCUCAUCUCUGAAUCGCGGUACCCCAAGUGCUUUGGCGUUUGCGGUGUUGUCUGGGUAGACUUCAAGGACGGACCGUGGAACAUGUGGCGCCUGAUGCAGAAUGCGUCUUACACCAUUAGUCAAGGCUUGCCUCGUCUACACCAGUCUACUGUCACCCACAAGGUCUCCUGUCUUCCCGGAUGUUGCCAGAUUCUGAAGGUGUGCGAAGAGAACAACGGUGAUCACAUUUUGCGAACGUUGUUCGGCUACUGUCCGAGCCCGACGGAUGGCAUGCUUAAGCACCUUCGUGGUGCGUACAGCGAAGACCGGAACCACGUUUGCCAUGUUCUCACUGCAUCACCACAUGUUCAAACCCGACAAUCGAUCAAAUCUGUCGCAUGGACUGAUGUCCCGACUUCGCUCUCGGUCUUCAUGUCGCAACGCAAACGUUGGUCGAUGGGUGCGACAGUCAACGAUUUCCGCCUUGUCUUCGCCAAAGGAACUCAGUGGUUCGAACGGUUACGCGCCUUCUCAAACUGUCAGACGUGGUUCUGCAACAUCUUCAUCAUGGGUUCGAUCGCUGGACUUAUCCACGCUGCCCGGAGUGUACCCUGGUAUAUUACUGUCGCCUUCUUGGGAGGUGUGAUUGUGCCAUACAUGUACAUGCUUACCCUCGUCUUCUGGAUGCCAAAGGGCCGCAAGGCGAAGUGCCAGUUCCUGGUCGGCCUGGUCAUCUACUUCUUUACUGGACCGUUCCUUACUAUCCUUGUUCUUUUCUACACUAUGUGGCACCUGGACGCUUUCUCCUGGGGCAAAACCCGGCAGGUGAUCUCGGAAGAUACCGACGCCUCAGGUAAGGAAGCUUCAAGUAACGACGCUGUUGAUGAAAAGGCCCCUCACACGGUAACUGUCAACGAUGAGGAGGCCACGAUUGGAAUGGGACGAUGA